AUGGAACGGAUGAUCCUCGCCAGGCUCAAAUGGUACCUGGACAUCCGCUUCAUUCUUCCAUCCACAAUGACUCGCUUCCGCAAGAAUCUCUGCACUUCGAACACCCUUCUCGAAUUCUCUUGUGCAGCGGAUAACGCCAAGAAGACUCGACAAGCCCUCCUUGCAGCCUUUCAUGACAUCAAAAAGGCCUUCGACAGCGUCACACCUCAAGUCGUUGUCAACAUGUUACAACAGGUCAAGAUUACCGGGCGUGCAAUCCGCUUCAUUCUCGGCUUCCUUCCAGGAAGAAUGAUGCAAGUCCGACUGGGAACAACCCUAAGCAGUACCAGAGCCUCGCCAGUAGGACUGCCUCAACGCAGCAUUCUUAGGCCAGUGAUCUUCAACAUAGUGAUGGCUGGUGUCACUUUUGCCCCCAGCUUGACUCCUCCAGUACACCUUAGCAACUAUGCUGACGACCUCACUAUAUGGACAACAGGGCGUAAAUUCGCUCACUACAAAGUAGGCCUGUAG